AUGGCGUUAAAUAAUACUAUAAAUGAAAAACAGAACGAAAAACCCGAGGUGAAACAGAAAUGGGCGUCUCGGCUUUUAGGAAAGCUUCGGAAAGACAUAACUCAGGAGUGCCGGGAGGAUUUCGUGCUGAGCAUAACUGGCAAAAAACCGGCCAUGUGCGUGCUGUCCAAUCCCGACCAGAAGGGCAAAAUGCGGCGCAUCGAUUGUCUCCGGCAAGCCGAUAAGGUAUGGCGGCUGGACCUCGUCAUGGUGAUACUGUUCAAGGCGAUCCCACUCGAAAGCACGGAUGGAGAACGAUUGGAAAAGUCACCGGAGUGCACACAUCCCAGCCUGUGCGUGAACCCUUACCACAUCAACGUAUCCGUCCGUGAGCUGGACCUAUACUUAGCCAAUUACAUCAAUAGUCACGAAGUCUUAAGUGGAAUAUAUGACAACAACAAUGAAAAAGGCUAUUCGCACAACCCCUAUAACGGUGUGGUAUGCAACGAUAACAUUUUAGCGACCGGAGUUUUUUCGUCCAAAGAACUUUGGAGGCUUUCCAAAGCGUCUAUAAUUCAGAAUCCAAAUGGUAUGCCACCCAUGAACAUUAUCAAAAUCGAAAACCCAGGGUAUUAUUGCAGCAGCUUCACCCCGCCAGGCGACCACUCAUCCAUCAUGGCAUCUGGCAGUUACAGCCCGAUGUCGAUCCAGAGGACACAGAGCCCAUUAAACGAGCCCAGAAUCAAACGAAUGCGGAGAAUGAGCUCCGCCGAAGAUACAGAAAUCGAUUUGGGCGGCCAGAGAGAUAAAUCCAGUUCGGAGAUCACAUAUUAUGGCCAGAGUCCAGCAUCCCUAUCUAGUCAAACCAGUUGGCACUCGGACAUCGAUCAUGGUAUUCCUGGCCAACACUCAGGAAGCAUAGCGUCCUUGGCGUCUGCCAACUAUUAUGGUUCGGCGACAUCGGGACCCGAACAACACAGUCCAGCUAAGUACCCGGAGAACGGGCAUGAUACACUUUCGGACUUUGUCACAUUUGUGUGUCAAGAAGCGGAGAGCUCUCAAGGCGCACAGGCGGGACCCACGAGGAGUCCAAAAAUGGCCCAAUAUUAUCCGAGUACUAUGCUACCACCACCCCCUCCACCGCCCAUGGCGCGGCCAGUAGCCAUCAUUCGAUCUACAGGUGAACUGACCAUUGCUCCGUCCAACUCGCCGCCGACAUCCAACACGCCGCCGAUGGGCGGCGGAGGCGGCGGUGACGGAUCGCCUGGAGGCGGAAGAGAUUCCGAUCAAAGUCCGCCGCCGAUGAGCGGUCAACUGUCCGAGUCACAGCUAUCUGGCGGAGGCCGAAGUGUGGUAACCGGCGGUAGCCCUUUUGCCGUGUCCGCCAACCGCGAUUACCAUUUCUCGCACAUACAACACGGCCAGUUGUUCAGCUAUUCGAACAUCGGCACCGUGAACACUGUAACUGGAGUGAUAAGUCCCACCAACCUGAGCCUGCUGUCCAACCCGGGCGGCAGUCCGUCGUCGUCUUCGGGCGGCGGCAAUGGCGGCAGCGGAAGGUCUCGCGGACACUCGCAAACGACGUUACCGCGGUGGAAUACACAGUGCUCGUCUGGGCCGCCAUUCAUCACUCUCGACGAGGACUACAUGAUGACGCCACUGAUGUCUGGCAACGGCGGACAAGGCAACGGUGGCACACUGAUCGACGACGACAGAUACUUUAACAGCGUAGUCCACCAAACGGACGGCAUGGAUAGGAUGGACACAAGCGAAUCUCAACACAUCCAAUCGUCGAAUUCAGGUGGUAGAAACACCCCGAACUCGGUUGACGGACAACAAGACAACAUAAGCAAACCGCAGACGUAGCCAAUAAAUUUAUGGAAAUUAAAUAUUCGUAUUAUAUAACAUAGGCAAUUCAUUCUAGUUAAUUAUACUAUCAUUAU